GGGGAGAAAUGGGUGGGUGAGAUAUGGGCGGUUCAGAUGCAGAUGAUGAAUUAGGCAAGGUAGAGGAGGAGGGGGAAGAUGACGAAGAGGGUAGAGAAGAGGAGGAAGAGAAGGAAGAGGAGAAAGAAGAAGCAGAAGAAGAGGACGAAGAAGCAGCAGUAGAGGAGGGGUUAGAUGACUGGGGGGAUGAUGUAGAAGAAGAUGUCAGCGGGGAUGAUGAUGGUGGCAGGGAUGCCGGUGACAAUGGUGGUGGGGAUGCCGCUGGUGGGGAUGCCGGUGGUGGUGGCGAAUGUGGUGGGGGAGGAGGUGGUAGUGGUGAUGGUGGUGCUGGAGGAGGAGGUGGUGAUGGUGGUGGUGAUGGCAACAAUGAUGAGGGAGGCACCAUUUCGGCAGCAAUAGCCGCAUUUGUAGGAUGCUGGCCUUCAUCGCAUACAACAACCUCAGCAGCGUAUACAUUACUCGUAAUUGUUGGACCAUUCUCUAGCUGGGUUGGCGUAUCUACAUUGGCGUUUGUUAGUUUAGCAGGAGUAACAGGAGGGGGUAGACCCAUUGUGUCAUGAUGUGUGGAGGGCUGAUGUUGCCUACAAUC